CUCCCGCCCGCUCGGUAUUAUGAUAAACGCUGGGUGCGGGGCUUCGGCGGCCGGGAGGGAGUUGUCGGCGCCGCGGCCGCUGCGGACGGACGGCCGCCGUCCUGCUGAGAUGUCCUUGAUGAGACUGAAAAUGAGUUUCUUAUCUUCAUCUGAUAUUCUUAUAUGAGAAACUCCAUCUCAGACACUCUGAAUAUUUUGCCUUCUGUUGACCAGCAUGGCAGGAUUCAAGAGAGGAUACGAUGGCAAGAUUGCUGGAUUAUACGAUCUGGAUAAAACCUUGGGGCGCGGUCAUUUUGCAGUGGUUAAGCUUGCCAGGCAUGUCUUCACAGGCGAGAAGGUGGCAGUCAAAGUUAUUGACAAGACCAAACUGGACACUCUAGCCACUGGCCAUCUGUUCCAGGAAGUGAGAUGCAUGAAGCUGGUGCAGCAUCCUAACAUCGUCCGCCUGUAUGAGGUCAUUGACACCCAGACCAAGCUGUAUCUUAUUCUAGAACUUGGGGAUGGAGGCGAUAUGUUUGAUUACAUAAUGAAGCACGAGGAAGGUCUUAAUGAAGAUUUGGCCAAGAAGUACUUUGCUCAGAUAGUGCACGCUAUAUCUUACUGCCAUAAACUCCAUGUGGUUCAUAGAGACUUAAAACCAGAGAAUGUAGUCUUCUUUGAAAAGCAAGGUCUUGUAAAGUUGACAGACUUUGGUUUCAGCAACAAGUUCCAGCCAGGGAAGAAGCUCACGACAAGCUGUGGGUCUCUUGCCUAUUCUGCUCCGGAAAUCCUGCUUGGCGACGAGUAUGACGCACCUGCAGUAGAUAUAUGGAGUCUCGGAGUGAUCUUGUUCAUGCUGGUGUGUGGGCAGCCACCCUUCCAAGAGGCCAAUGACAGCGAGACCUUGACCAUGAUCAUGGACUGCAAGUACACAGUGCCCUCCCAUGUGUCCAAGGAGUGUAAGGACCUGAUCACCCGGAUGCUGCAGAGAGAUCCCAAGAAAAGGGCCUCUUUAGAGGAGAUCGAGAAUCAUGCUUGGCUUCAAGGAGUGGACCCUUCACCAGCCACCAAGUACAACAUCCCCCUGGUGUCGUACAAAAAUCUCUCGGAAGAGGAGCACAACAGCAUCAUCCAGCGCAUGGUGCUGGGCGACAUCGCAGACCGAGAUGCUAUCGUGGAAGCCCUGGAAACCAACAGGUACAACCACAUCACAGCCACGUACUUCUUGCUUGCUGAAAGGAUCCUGCGAGAAAAGCAAGAGAAAGAAAUCCAGACGCGGUCCGCCAGCCCCAGCAACAUCAAGGCCCAGUUUAGGCAGUCUUGGCCAACCAAAAUUGAUGUGCCCCAAGACCUUGAGGAUGACCUCACAGCCACUCCUUUGUCCCAUGCGACCGUCCCUCAGUCUCCUGCACGGGCUGCCGACAACGUCCUCAAUGGCCACCGGGGCAAAGGUGGCCUCUGUGACUCGGCCAAGAAGGAUGACCUGCCCGAGUUGGCUGGCCCAGCGCUGUCUGCCGUGCCACCCGCCAGCCUGAAACCCACAACUGGGGGCCGGAAAUGUCUGUUCCGGGUGGAGGAGGAUGAAGAGGAAGACGAGGAGGACAAGAAGCCCAUGUCCCUGUCAACCCAGGUGGUUUUGCGCCGGAAGCCAUCGGUGACCAACCGCCUGACGUCUCGGAAGAGCGCGCCUGUCCUCAACCAGAUCUUCGAGGAGGGGGAGUCGGAUGAUGAGUUCGACAUGGAUGAGAACCUGCCUCCCAAGCUGAGCCGGCUGAAGAUGAACAUCGCCUCCCCUGGGACGGUGCACAAGCGCUACCACCGGCGGAAAAGCCAGGGCCGCGGCUCCAGCUGCAGCAGUUCCGAGACCAGCGACGAUGAUUCCGAGAGCCGGCGGCGACUCGAUAAGGACAGUGGCUUCACCUACUCCUGGCACCGCCGGGAUAGCAGCGAGGGGCCCCCCGGCAGCGAGGGCGACGGCGGGGGCCAGAGCAAGCCGAGCAACGGCAGUGGGGGCGCGGACAAGGCCAGCCCCAGUGAGAACAGUGCUGGUGGGGGCAGCCCUGCCGGUGGCUCGGGCGGCAACCCCACCAGCACCUCAGGCUCCACACGGCGCUGCGCUGGCCCUGGCAACUCUAUGCAGCUGGCAUCGCGCAGCGCCGGGGAGCUGGUGGAGAGCCUCAAACUCAUGGGCCUGUGCCUGGGCUCCCAGCUGCAUGGCAGCGCGCGGUACAUCCUGGACCCACAGCACGGCCUGGCCUUCUCCAGCGUCAAGGUCCAGGAGAAGUCCUCGUGGAAGAUGUGCAUCAGCUCCACGGGCAACGCGGGCCCGGCCCCUGCCGUGGGUGGCAUCAAGUUUUUCUCCGACCACAUGGCGGACACCAGCACCGAGUUGGAACGGAUAAAGAGCAAGAACCUUAAAAACAGCGUGCUGCAGCUACCUCUGUGCGAGAAGACCAUCUCUGUGAACAUCCAGCGGGACCCUAAGGAGGGGCUGCUGUGCGCCUCCAGCCAGGCCAGCUGCUGCCACGUCAUCUGACGGCCUGGCCCGCCACCGCUCGCUUCCUCCUCGGCCUGGGAAGGGUGGCCUUCACCUUUCUCCAGCUCUUGGUCUUCUCGUUGAGAGUGGGCGUUCAGAGCAAUUAUUUAUUACCUUUUCCUUUGCUCGCCCAGCGAGGUGACAAUGCAUGGUCUUUGUGCAUGCUGCUAUAUGCUACCUUUCUUUUGCAGCCGACAAGUCUACUGUGUAAUUUUUACAUUCAGAAUUUUAAUGUGGAUGAUCAGGAUUAAAUCAAAAUGUAUAUUUGGAACCUAGUAUCCCUGGAGCACUUAGAAAUUUGAUGUUCUGAACUUAGCGAAAAUAAUGCCUUUGUUUGUCAGAAAUCUAAAUUCCUGUCCUGUGACAGCAACUCUGUGGCGUCUGAGACAGAACCAAAGCAAUAAUGCUGUACGGCCCAGGACCCGAGCCAAGGGGCACCUGCAGGGUGGAAGCCAGCCAGGGCUUCCGAUGCCACCGGGAAGGGAUGUGGCUUUGUAAUGUGUGAGAGAUUCAUAAGGCAGCCACCCAGCCCCAUGGGGCACGAGCAGACAAUCUGGUGAUGUGGAGAACUGCUGAUGUCUUAGCUUUGCGUGUUAGCCCUCCCUCCUGUGUGACACUCUGUGGGCCUGGCACAGAGGCAGAGGUGCCCACACGGGCUGGCAAAGUCACAGCUCCAUAGAGUAGAACUAGACAAAACUUGGUAGGGCUCGCUUUUUAGGAGUUUGGUAAUUUGGUUGUCUCUCUUGUGAUUUCCAUUCCAUCCUUUGGCUCAGCUAGCUAUGAAAACUGAUUCCUUAAAAAAAUAAAUAUAAAGGGGUAGAAUUCACAUAUAGAGCAGACAGAAAUGCACAAAGCCUGCUUUCUGUUUUCCUAGAAGUCGUUUUGCUCUGCCUUCCUGCCAACACAGUAACCACAGAGCUCUGGCUCUGCAGCUGUCCCUGCAUGGAGACCGUCGCACCAACCAUCACCUCCGGGACGACACGCUCUCCGGGAGGAGCCUGGUACUGUAUGCCAUGCUGUGUCUGGAGGGGUCAUCCAAGCAGCGCUUGGGGGCACUGGGGCCCUGGGCACCUUGCAACCCCUGUCACCCCUUCCAAGUGGGCAGAGCACCAGAGGAACGGGUUACCUUGACCCAGUCUCUCCCAGCACAUGGUGACUGCUGUUUUGGGACUGUAAUGUCUGACUGGGCACUCUCAAUUUCACAGUGUACUUACUUAGCUAAGUAAAGUGUCACUUCACUCUUUUUAUUUCUAGUCCUAGGCAAGCUACGUUUGAGCUAGAGCUCUAGUUCCUUGUGGUAUUUAUAACCGAAAGAGGCGAGAACAGACGUGUGGGUGAAGCCAUAGGACACACUGGCUUAAAUCCCUGAGCAGGGAUCGUCUAAAGGGCCAGAAGUAACAUGUGUGGUUCACACAGAUAGUGUAACAUCUCUCUGUUAAACGUAGCAGAGAAGUUUCUAAAGGGCAUUGGCAAUAAACUCUUUGUUGCAGCUGUUUUCCAAGCAAUGUAAAUACUUUUUCCUGUGACUUGGGAGAGCCUUGCGAUGGCACCUUUUAACUAACCCGUAUGUGUUUGGUUCUCAGUGGUUUUUUUAUAUUCUGAUGUAUAUAUGGUGCUCACUUUAGGAUCAGCAGUGUUGGCCAUUUCCGCUGCAUAGCUGUAUCAUAGCCUUAUUAGUUGGGUGUGGUUGGUUGCCCCGCGUGUGUGACGUCAGUCUGAGUGGUGUCUUACCCUCCCUCCUGUUCGUAAGUGGCUGACUGUGCAUGUGUCGUAUGUCACAGUAUGUCGUCAUGUAAAAGGGAGCGAGAAACCAUGACAUUCAGAUACUAUUGGACCAAACUACUUACUUGCUCUAAAGUCACUUGUACCCCUUAACCUGUCUUCAGAAGUUGCAUAUAGUUACAGUAGUGUAUAAAUUAAAUAUUGUGGAAAGGCAGUUAGUCUUGUAUUUUUCUGUAAGUGUGUGUAUAUAUAUGUACAUAUAUAUAAAAUUAUGUACUUCUGGCAGUUCUAUCUGUAUUUAAAGAUGUGACAAUCUCGACACCGAUUUUAAGAAUAGCCCUGAGGCUGAAAUGAAUGAUAAAGCUACUUCCAUCUGGGAAGAAUUGAUGGAACGAGUACAGAAUUAUCAACUGAUUGGGUCAGUUGCUUCCAGUGUUGGUGGCUUUUCCUCACUAUGUGAACAUCGACGGGUAUGUGACAAAUGGGGGGGAAACUCCAAGUAAUAAAAAGUGGCAUAUUGGUGUUCAGCAAUA